AUGAAUAUGUCUUCGCUUAACUCGCGCCCAAUGAAUGGUGCGGUCGGAUACAGACGUUGCACUUCUUUGAGCACACACUCCAAGUAUUUCAUCUGUUUUGUGUCGUCGAUAGUGCAGUCUUCGUCGUCGGAGUGCAGAUCCAUCACAGAAUCCACUUCUUCUCGAACCCGAAACUCAUUUGAUGUGAUAAAAGAGGGUCUCCUGAGCGGUGAUGAAAGCUCAAACGUGAUUCUGGUUCAGUGGACUCGAGGGGCGAGUGGUUUCUACUUUCAAUCGGUGGCAAAUUGUAGAGUUGUCGCCACACAGAUUGCACUACUCAUUAAAUAUUUAGUUAAUGAACGCAACGCUCGGCCAGAAAUGUUUCAUUUAAUUGGCUUUAGUUUAGGCGCUCAUAUAUCUGGAUAUGUGGGCAAAUUAGUACCCAAUUUGGGCCAAAUCACAGCCUUAGACACCGCCCGACCCUAUUUCGAUGGCGUGGCCCCGACUGCACGGUUAGACACAUACGACGCCUCAUAUAUUGAAUCAUACCAUACGGAUAGCGACAUCGGGUCUGUGGCGGCCUUUGGAGACGUCGACAUCUAUUUCAAUGGAGGGAAUCGACAGCCCGGCUGUGAUCAUCAAAUCUUUGAUACGGCUCUAAACGAUGGCAUAUUAGAUGGACUGUUUGAAACGCUUUCAUGCGAUCACAAGCGAGCACUUGAUUAUUAUGCAGACUUUAUUGUGACGGCAAACGGCGCCUGUAAGCCAAUCGCCUACCGGUGCGAGAGUUGGGAUAAAUUCAUGUCAGGCUUGUGUUGGAUGUGCGGCCAAAGAAUAGCAGCGCAUUCAACGAGCGCUCGCAUCGACGGCAACCUUCAUAUAAAACUGCAUUCAUUUAGAAAUACGUUUAAUGAUAAGAGCGGGCAUUUAAAGUUCAGUACUCAGAGUAUGGCAUCGAUGGUGAUCUCCAACGAUAGGCCAUUGGAUGAGAUCAGGAAAAUUGAUAUUUACAUCGAUUACCGGCGCAGCGCUGGGAAUAAAACCAAUGAAUUUUACAUAAAUUCAAUUCAAUUAAUUCCACUUAAUAUAGUGGACGACAAGUAA